AUGACCAGGCCCCUCCCAUGUCCUGACCAGCUACACAUGAUCAAUGCUCACCUCCAGUGGGUCGGGCAUUGGCGCGCGACUCAGCAGCUGCCAACGGGCGUGUGGCAGCAGAGGCAGCUGCUGUUCCGAUAUGACCCACCGUGUUCUGUUGGUGCGGGCAGCAGCGGUAAUGUUGGUGCGGGCAGCAGCGGUAGUGUUGGUGCAGGCAGCAGUGGUAGUGUUGGUGAGGGCAGCAGGGGUAGCGUUGGUGCGGGCAACAGUGGUAGUGUUGGUGAGGGCAGCAGCGGUAAUGUUGAUGCGGGCAGCAGCGGUAACGCUGAUGCGGGCAGCAGCGGUAGUGUUGGUGCGGGCAGCAGCAGUAGUUUGGUGAGGGCAGCAGUGGUAGUGUUGGUGCGGGCAGCAGUGGUAGUGUUGGUGCGGGCAGCAGUGGUAGUGUUGGUGCGGGCACUGGUGCUGUUAUCGAUGAGGCCGGCAGUGGCGCCUGUGGUGUGGGCAGAAGCGGUGCAGGUGUUUCGGGCGGCAGGGAUGCUAUUACUGCGGGCUGCAGUGCUGCUGCUGGUGCGGGCGGCAGAAGCGCCAGUGGCGUGGGGUACAGUGGUGUGGGGUACAGUGGCGUGGGGUACAGUGGCGUGGGGUACAGUGGUGUGGGGUACAGUGGCGUGGGGUACAGUGGCGUGGGGUACAGUGGCGUGGGGUACAGUGGCGUGGGGUACAGUGGCGUGGGGUACAGUGGCGCGCGCGUUAGUGGCGGUGGCACUGGCAGCAAUGGUGCUGGUAUUACGGACAGCAGUGCCUCUAGUGGCGCGAGUGGCAGUGGUGCCAGUAGUGUGGGUCGCAGUGAUUCGGGAGGAGCGUGCAGCAGUGCUGCCGGUGGUGUGA